CGAAUUUGAGAGACUUGUAAAACGACAUGAUGUUACACACUCCUGUACAGUAGAUGGCGGUAUGCACCUAAAAGGUAUUAUAAGAAGAAGAAGAAGCUAACUGUUAGCUCCAUGGUUAGCUUAUAUCUAACGCUAGCGAGUAGAAAUGAAUCUACAACAGCAAACUGGUUGUGUGUAUUUUGGUAUUUUCACAGGCUGGAACAGGACUGCCAUUUUUCCAAGCACUAGUGAGGUGCACAGCCAAACAAGGCAUCUACAAUGGGCCAACGAAGGCGAGCAGCAGCUGUGAAUAACCCUUCACCUCAGAGUGUCUCUGGAGCUCGUGCAGAAGUUUGCAGGGUCCCCAGCAGGAAGCACAACAUCUGCAUGGUGUCCGACUUCUUCUAUCCGAAUAUGGGAGGAGUAGAAAGUCACAUUUACCAACUAUCCCAGUGUUUGAUUGAAAAGGGACACAAGGUGGUAAUUGUCACCCACGCCUAUGGCAGGAGGAAGGGUGUCAGGCACCUGACUAACGGACUGAAGGUGUACUACCUCCCCCUGCAGGUGAUGUACAACCAGUCCACAGCCACCACCUGCUUUCACAGUCUCCCACUGAUGCGCUGGGUUUUUUUAAAGGGGAAACCGCAUCCGGGGGUUUGCAGCACACAGCUGUUUUGCCAGGGGCCCAAAUGUGGGCGUGUGUGCUUUUCUGGAGACAGUCUUUCGCCCGGAAAACUUUUUCAGGUUUUUGUUCCCCCCGCCUCCCCAAACCCCGUGUGCAAAACCUCACCCUGGAGAAAUGUUGCUGAGAGGACUGAAAAGGUGUACGACCGAGUUGCUGGAGAGGAGGUGCUUCCCCUUGACAGACGGUUACGGAGGCUGAGGGCCCACUGCGGCCCUGUGGCUGGCUCCAUCUUUGCAUUUGUUGCUGUUUUAGACUUCCUCUUCCUGCUGCUUCUGCAGUGGUGGGUUCCAGAUCGGGUCAUGGAUUUUGCUGUGGACGCCACCGGCCCUCACGGGCUGUGGAGGCAGGUACCCAGCAGGAAAGUAAGAGGACAUUCUAAAAGUGCCGUGAAGCGAGCAGCAGUGUUAACAUUGUGAUUCCUCCAUACCUCUGCCUCACUUCUAGAUGCUUAAAUGGUGUUGUAUGUUCUCCUUGGGAUGCUAACUGACAUAUGAAACGCUGCAUACUUAAUGUGCUUAUGGCAACCCUGAACAUUAUUUACAUUUACUUAUCAAAAGGGACCUUGUGUGAAAGCAUUUUAUCUAAAACAGCAGCAUUGUUUCAUACUUAAUGAUUAAAAUGGAAACCUGUGGAAUUCCUUGGAGCUUUAUUAAGCCCUUUUUUAUGUUUAGUAUAGAUAGCGCCAAACAAAAGGUGUUAACGGGCUGGUUAAUUUUACACUUAUGGGGAACAAAAAUAGCAUUAACCUAUUUUCAAUUAGAUGCAUACUUCAUUUUGAACAAUGGUUUUGUCGGUAAAGGUCACUGUUUGUGCAAAGCUGUAAUGAUAUCAGUGCAAAUUGCUUUGUCUGAUUUUUGAUAUCAUGAAUGCUUGUUGUUACAAUUCUUUUUUUGUUGCAUAAUUUUACAUAUUUACAUAUUUAUAUAACACCUGGGAGUUUUUUCAGAUGGUCGUGUGUCUUCCAGACAAUCCAUUCUGGAAAAUAAAACGUACUUUCUCAUGUUU